GAAUCAGGACCUGAGGAGAGGAGUGAGCGGCCCAGGCGGCUCACGGGGCGCAAAGUCGCGCUCAAGGCGCCGGACGGUCCUUUUCCGAGAGAAAAGGCUACCCCAACUCUUUCCGAGCGGACAGGCCGUUCAAACUCCCUUCCCAGCGGAAAAAACAAGGCCCCUUUGUGCAUUGAUCCGGGGCGGGGCUCCGGUGUGGUGAGGUAG